AAAAAGUUGAGCAAAUGUCUCUACAAAAAGCCCCCUCCAUGCAACUCUCUCUCUCUGACUCUCUCUCUCUCUCUCUACACUUUCUCUCUCUUCCGUUAGUUCCUAGGAAACCAAAAAUGGAGAAGCUGAUGAAGAUGAUGAGAUCAGACAAUGGAGAAAACGAGAGCAAGAAACUGCCUCCCGGUUUCGUAUUCCAGCCAACAGACGAAGAGAUCGUCUUCCAAUACUUGGCCCGCAAGGUUUUCUCCCGCCGUCUUCCCGCUUACGUCAUCCCUGAAAUCGACAACGUUUUCACCUUCCCUCAUCCAUCGGAGCUACCAGGUGAUUCAGAAGAGGGAAGGUACUUCUUUAGCAACACGAAAACCAACCAUCGGAGUUUGAUUUUUAACAGAAUCGGCAGACCAACUCGUGCUGGUUAUUGGAAGAUCGUCGCCGGUUCGGACAAACAAAUAGGUUGCUGCUCGAAAAGGAUAAUGCCGAUUGUUGGGGUCAAAAAAACCUUAGUUUUCUACGAGGGGAAGCAUCCCUCCGCCGCAAGAACAGAUUGGUUCAUGGAUUUAUACUGCAUUGCCCUUUCGAGAAGCACAGUUUCUAACACACAGCAUCGGAAAAGGCAUUCUCAGGGUUGUUUGGUUCAGAUAGGAACGUGGGUUUUGUGCCACGUGCAUUUCAAGAAAAAGAGUGGCGGUGAUAGUAUUGGUUGGCGUAGGAAUUAUGAUCAUUUUAUUACGAGUGAUGCUGAUUCUGCUUCUUGUGGUUCUUCGUCUUCUUCGUUGGAUUCGGAUUCCAGUAUGUUCAGUGAGGUUUCUUCGAGUAGCGACGCCAGCGAAAUGAAUAGUGCCCCUGAUAUUUAAUCUCCGAAUUGUAUUUUAGUUAUAUUGAAUGAGCCGUUUUAAUUAAGUACGUAGUCGAUUAUUACCAUUUGUUCGAAACCGAAAUUUAAAUUGAUUGUAUUCGCGCGCACCAUCAUAAUAAAUGAAAAUUAAUUUGUUU